AUGCGACUCUCCCCAACUGGCCACUUCAGUUUGCUGGCACUUUGCCUCCUGCUGCACGAGGUGCAAUCCCAGGUGAUGUCCAUGUCACCAGCUGCGAAUGGCACUCGGACGGAGGAGGUGACCAAAGUUCUGCGCCGGCACAAGCGUUAUCUGGCAUUUCCGGAGGGCUCUUCGGUUUCGGGUGCCAUUUGCAUGACGAUCGGCAUGAUUGGCAACCCGGAUGUCGACUAUCUCAGCUGGGCGGUCAACUGGGGCGUGGCCUACGAUCUGCCCAACCACCAGUGGGUCAUCCAGCAUGCCCAUGGACUGAAUGCCACCCUGGCCAAGGACACCAUCAAGCGGCGAUCCCGACGAGCUUUUUACGAUGAGGUGCAGUCCAUAUUUGACAACAUGGGAUUCAAUGGUCGUUCGUGUGUGGCUCGAGCUCUCUGCGAAAGUGCCCGGUUCAUGCUGCCGUCCGAGGAACGUGGCAACAUGUUGCAGGAGUUGGUCAGGACCGUCUUCAGCCUGCCCCCCUCCCCGGUGGCUGCCCACGAGCCACAGGCCCAUCGUCAGUACGAUCGCAUCUACCGGCGAUCCCAGCGGAACUCACGGCAGUGCCAGGAAAUCUAUCCGGGAUGCCAGUUUUCACUGCUGGCCUUGGCUUUGGGCAAAUACGUGGCAGCCACUACCACGAAGUUCAGUUCAUUCAACUACAUGUGA